ACUCUAAAAAAUUUCUCAAAAAAGGGAAGGCGGUGUCGUUUUACACUGGGUUGGCUCGCCCACAAGUUGGCUUUCGGGUUUGGUGAAAGAAUCUGUGGCGUGUAAAGAUGAACAGCGCAGUUUGUGCUCGGUGCCAAGAGGGCUUCCAGCAGGAUGAGAGAAUCGUGAACUCUCAUGGACAAGUAUGGCACGAAGCUUGUUUUGUGUGUGCUCAGUGUUUCUCACCUUUCCCUGAAGGUGUUUUCUUUGAGUUUGAUGGGCGCAAGUACUGCGAACAUGACUUUCAGAUGCUCUUUGCACCCUGCUGUGGUAAAUGCAGUGAGUUUGUGAUUGGGCGUGUCAUCAAAGCUAUGAACAACAAUUGGCACGCUCAGUGCUUCAACUGCGCCCUCUGUAAUGUAGAGCUGGCUGACCUCGGCUUCGUCAAGAAUAAAGGCAGAGCUCUAUGCAAGCCAUGCCAUUUAAAAGAAAAGGCAGCCAGUAGUGGCAAACACAUAUGUUUCAAAUGCCAAGAGGAGUUAACGGCUAGUGCACGUGAAUUACGAGCGGAGCUGUAUUGCUUACCAUGCCACGACAAGAUGGGAAUCCCAAUUUGUAGUGCUUGUCAUCGUCCUAUAGAGGAACGUAUUGUAACUGCACUUGGAAAACAGUGGCAUGUUGAGCAUUUUGUGUGUGCCGUCUGUGAGAAGCCAUUCCUAGGACACAAGCAUUAUGAGCGCAAGGGGAAAGCCUACUGCGAAACUCACUUCAACACUCUUUUUGGUAACAUCUGCUUCCAUUGCAACAAGGCUAUUACUGGAGAAGUGAUGUGUACGAUGAACAAAUCAUGGUGCGAGGAGCAUUUUUUCUGCAGUUGCUGUGAAACACUUAUGAACGCUAGAUCCAAAUUCAUUGAGUUUGAUUUAAAGCCUGUCUGCAAAAAGUGCUACGAUAGAUUUCCCAACGAACUUAAACGACGACAGAAAAAAAUUGAAGAACACAGCAGGAAAUUUGGCAAGGAGAAAUAAAAAAACAAAUCCUUUAUGCAAUGAAAAUUAAUAAUUGUAGGUCAGGUAUUUCCAACUUUCUUGCAAAAACAAUAUUUUUGUUUGUGUUAAUCCAUACAAAAUAUGUUUUGAUUUUGACCAAAAUUUAUUGUUUGAACCCCUUUAAUAUCAAGUGGUAGAGUACACUUAAACAUAGUAACUAGUAAUGGUAUUAAAGGGAGUGUACAAGCUGGGACAGAACAUUCUAUUUCCACCUACUUUUAUAUAUAUAUAGAAUUUUCAUGUUGGAAAUGGUAGUAUAGUAUAAAAUAAUCAAUAAUAUAGUCUGUUAAACAGCUAUAGUUAAAAUUAGUUGAAGAUUCUCUUUGAGGGAAAAAAAUAUAAUCAUCUGGUGAUAAUUGACAUUUCAUGUGACCUUUCUAAUCAUGAAUAUUCAUAACUUUUCUAUGUUUUCUUAUUUUUUUUCUCCAUAUUUUACAUUUGUGUGUGUGUGCAUUUUCUAAAUAUUACUAAAUAACUACUUAACAUGUCUUCCUGUGUACAGGUAUAUAAAAAAAAUCAAUUAGUGUAACUGAAUUUUAGUGUGGGAGAUAUUUUCUUAAUGAUUGUAGUAGGUGCUAUUAUUGUAUUUUAAUUUAAGGAUAUGAAGAAGUAACGACCUUUUGAUUUUAUAUCAAAUUCUGAUUGGUGCUCUAAAUCACAUGAUAUUGGAAUGAUGAUUAGAUAUUGUCAUAAAACAUUCUUUAAUGUGAUUUAAUAUUUACCUUGUUUAUGUGUUCUAUUUUCUUUUAUAUAGCAACACUGUUAAUACCCAAGCCAGCCAUCUCAUGUUAUAACAUCUGCUAGUUAUUUAUUAAUUUGCAUUAAACGCUUUUUGAUAAAACUGUACAUCGGUACUUAACAUUCAAUCUGUUUUGGGUAUUGUCCCCAAGGGAGCAAGUUAAGUACAUAACAUGCUAAUGCCAGUUCACCUGUCAUAAGAGUAUUGUCCCUAGGAAUCAUUAUAUAAAUAUGACAUAUUAACAAUUUAAUGAUUUAUGUGAAGAUAAAAUAUAUUUAUUAUUAUUAAUAUUAUUUAAUUUGUAUUGUAAGGAAAGCUAGCAAUACCGCUAAGCUACUAAAAUUAACAAAGCCCACAACACACAAAAAGUAUUUAACUCUGCUCUCUUACAUGAAAGGCAGUUUGGUGCAGAGAUUUCUAUUCAGGUUCUGAACCUCGUGGAAGGUUUGAACCACACUCUGACCAUUCUCAGCCGGCCAUGCUUAGUCAACCCAGCCUGCAUUGUUGACAGGUCUGUGAAGUGGCUCACAUGUUUCAGACCUAAGUGCGAGUAUUUCAUGGCUUAUAAAUGAAAUUAAUAUUGUGGUUGCCUCUCAUCAAUAUUGAUAAUAGCAUCGGCUCAGUAGUACUGUAUAUGCUUGUGUUCGCAUAGAUUUUAGUGCAAGUUUUAUCUCACAUACAAGGCUGGUGGAUGAGUUGUUUGUUUGGCCGAUGAAUUAGCUGUGUGCACAAAAUCCUGUAGUUGAGGUGUUUGCAUGUAACUCUUAGUAGUUGAGCUGCUGAAUGUACUUGUGUCAAGGCAGGACUUUAGACAAUAGAACUGAGAAGAAAAAUAUUGAAUUUACAGGAAUCAAAGGGUGUAUUUCUACGAGAUAGAAACGGUUCUCUUAACAUUGAUUGGUAAUCAGAUUACCAAAUAAGGAUGAUAAACUGCACCACGAAAGAUCAUUCUUUGCCUGCUGGACACAGAAUUGAUUCCGUGUCAAAGAACAAUUCUUCAGCACUAUAAAAGAAUGGGUUUUUUUUGUAUGGGCCUCAUUUAUACUGCCAUAGGAAAUCGUUCUUUGAAAGAACCGUUCCUAGAUACCGUUCACCUUAACCAGUGUAAACACACCCAAAGUAAAAUAGUUUUAUCUUUGCCAUUGUAUAGUUAUUUAGAUUAUUAAUUAAAGGCUGAUAAAAAUAUGUUUGAUAUUUAAUAGUUUUUGAUUGUGAAAGUAAUAUGUAUUAUUUUGUAGAUGUAAUAUUAAUUUAAAUUGUAGAUUUAAUAUUAGUUUAAAUUGUAGAUUUACAGUAAUAUUACAGUAAUUAAAUUGUAGAUACUUUUACAUGAUAUUAUACAAAGGGCCUUGCCAAUACAAUCUAAUUUGAACUGUUCUAAAAAUAUUGUCAUUAUUAAUGAUAGAGGAACAUUAUUAAUUAUUUUGUUAACAUCUUUAUUGUAUGACAGUUUAUAUACUGUAUGACUUGCUGUGGAAAAGAGGCGAAAGAAAAAAAAUUACAUGAAAUAAACUGGACUUUCCUAAUUCAAUAAUGAUUUAAAUUGCUUAAAAUACAAUGAAUUUAAAUUUCAUGAUUAACCAAUACUGUAAUAAAUUGUAAGUAGACAAAAUAUGAAUUUACAUACCUAAUGUUAUGUAUAAUUCUUCUUUUGUAGUUUUUGUAAUAAAUAUUUAUGGUAGUAAGCUUUACUAAUAGUAAUUCUGUUUAGUUUACUGUUAAUUGAUACUGUGGAGAAGUUUGGCGCAGUGGAAAUAAUUUGGUUCCCCAACCUCAAGUUCGGGGUUUCAAUCCUUCGUUGUACAUUUCGCUUAUGUCCUUGAGCAAGGCACUCUAUCUACAAUGCUUCUAUCUACCCAGCUGUAUCAAUGGGUACCAGCAAAUAGUUGAGAGUAACCUGCGGUGGACCAGUGUCCCACCCAUGGGGAGCAUUACGCUCUCGUCCGCUACACGCUACCUGAACCUAGGGAUAAGCUUCAGCCCAUAUGCGAGCCCCUGCGGCUUAGAAAGAAUUUACUUUUUUGAUUGAUUACUGCCUAUUUGUAGGACUUGUUUAUGAGUAUAAAACCUUAAAAAUUUGACAGAUUCUGUUUGUUUUACUCCACUAUGAAUACUGCAAAAGUAAUAUCCCUUAGAGCAAAUAGACUUAUUAACAAUAUAUUUAUUAUUGAAGUGUGUAUCAGUUUUUAAAAUUUAAUUUGUCAGUUUGUGUGAUACAUAUACCAGUGGCUCAAAAUUUUAUAAAAACAUUCUUUUGCGUUCCCCUUUAAAAAAAAAAAAACAUAUAAAGGCAUAGUUUGCUACACCUGCAACCAUCUGGGGUUACCAGAUUCUAAGGUCAUUAAUAGGUAUUAAUUAACUAAUUUUAGCAGAUAUAAAUUAACUAAAUUAGCUAAAGUUCUUCCCACCAGUAUUGUUAAUGAUAAUAAUGUGUGCAUCUUAGCAAUUUUAUACUUAUUAUUAAAGUGCAUAUGUGAAUACA